UGUCGACACUGCGUGUCACCGACGCCCACCUGGCUGCGCGCCCAUACAAACUGCAAGUGGUCGUACCAGCUGGCGCGUAAAGGCUCCUCGGCGCGGUCGACUCCUCCGACAUUGCUCAUUAUUGUAGCUUCGCCGCGCAACCCGUGUGUGAUGUCGUCCUUCACACUGCCCCGCGGCGUCUUCCAGACUCCCGAGCUGUCGCCCGAGACAAAAGCAACGCUGAGAGAGCGCGGCCACGACCUCCUUCGCACUUUCGUCGCCAGUGUCACCAAGAAGCAGCACAACGCGCUCGUGUGGGACCCGGUCGGCGACGCGCAUGGCGUGAGCCUCUUCCAGGCCACGGACCCGAGCACGUCCGACAAGAAUGUGAUGCAGUACCGCGCGCUGGCCAAAAUCAACGCGACGCUGGAUGAAGUUGCGCGACUGCACUGCUUUGACACCAAGGCGCAGUGCGACCAGUACCGACGGCACCUCGCCCACGACGUUCUCGGUCUGCUCCCGCUCUACGUCCUCAGCGAGCCCACGAGCUCGGACGCGACAACGUCUCGCAUGUACAUCAAAUGGUCGGUCAUCCAGAGCCCAGUCGCGCUCAUCAAGGACCGCGACUUUACCUACCUCGAGACACAAGACGCGUUUGUGCUCGAGUCUGGCCGGCGCGGCUGGGCGUACUGCCAGUCGUCGAUCUCGCUGCCCGGGUGCCCCGCGCUGCCGCAGUACGACGUGGUCCGUGGCCACCUCGCCAACUCGGGUUGUGUGUUUUUGGAAACGGAAAGACCGGGGACCCUCGACGUCAUUUACCACCUCGGCACCGACGUCCACGGCAACGUGCCGCAUUUCGUGCGGCAAAUGGCCAUCAAGCGCCGCGGCAAGUCCAUUGCGCGCCUCGACAAGUACAUCCACGAGAUGCGUCUCGGCCAGCUGCCGAUCCACGCCAAGAGCGCCAUGCACCACGGUCCACCCCCGAAGAGCUGCGCCACGUGUUUUGUGUCGUUCCGCUUCCGCGCGUCCAAAAUUUGCCAGAGCUGCGGCCAGGUUGUGUGCGCAAAGUGCAGUCGCAAGUGGUCGCUGCAUGUGCUACAACAUUCAAAAGUCGACGUGCGCAUCUGCCACGUGUGCUCGCUUGCGGUGCGCGACGGUUCAAUGUGGGAAAAGUCGGACGGCGGCGCGCCACGACUCCGCGGCGUCGAGAGCGCAUCGAUGCCCGACGUGUACCGCCCGUCAACGCGCUACGACGACGACAAUCUGACCGCAUCGAUGCCGCGCCCGUCGAUGCGCCGCCCGUCCGAUAUCCUUCGCCGCCCGUCGUCGUCCAGCCAGAUCAGCGACAGCAGCCGCGUCUCGACGCUGAGCCAAAGCUGCGACCUCUCGUAUGUGGAAAUGUACGGGCCACCCAUGUCGCCAAGCCGCCGGUCGUCCAUUGCCCGAAGCCAGCGCCGGCGAUCGUCCGUCGCGAUGCGCGCGGCACCGACGAGUGCACCGACCAAGCACAUCAUUUUCAAUGACCCAACGACGCCCGACUUGAGCGGGGACUUUGACAUUAUUGCCCCGGCUGUGAUCACACCACUGCGCCAUUCAUAGUACACUUGGACGACAGCGUAGUCGUAUCCUGUAGCAUAAACCAAACAUCAACGCCGACUGCAAUCUCAUACUGCA